CUCGUGCACUCUCGUUGUUCUCAAAGUUGCAUGAUCUUUGGCGUUCGAAAACCAAGUCAGCCACCAAGUACAAGCAGGGCGAGAUGACCACUGUCAGCGCGUUGCAUGCGACAUGCACGUUCGUUGCUGCUGCACCAUCAAAAGUUCUGGCCCCUCCUGUCGUGAUGCAGUUCAGAGUACCGGACACAGAGAAGUUUGUUGUGCUAUGUUCGGUCUGCUGCCCCUUGUCGGUGCACCAUGCAUGUGGCGAUCCAAAGACGUGGGUGCAGAGUCCUUUCGGCGACAUUCCACAUCUAGCCCAAGAGCAGCUUCCCGUGAAUAAUCAAGCAUCAAGUAUUCCCGAGUGUCAGCCGUAUGGCGUCGAUCUCCUGCCUUCCGAUCAGAAUCACUCGUCUACCAUCGAGCUACCCAACCUUUCUGUUGCAGACCAGCCCCGAUCACCUUUUGCUCCACCAGGAGGGCCAAAGAGAACGCUUGCUCGAGAAGAUCUCCCAGUUUUAUUUGUAAAGACACCCCCAAAAUAACAUGUUAGCAAGCAGUUGUACGCG